AGUCUGACCCUAACAAAUAUGGCGCCUCAGCCCAAGCCACGUAACAUCCCCCUAACAGCCUCUAUGGAGAGCGGAAGCGGCCAGCCCCAAACAAAGAUGGCGAGGGAAGUACGGGAGCCUGGCGGAAGUUACCUCCCACCCACUCGCCCCGCCCCAUCCCGCAGUGCAGACAGCGCCAAGAUGGCGGCCGCGAUGGCCGGUCCGCCGGCUCUGAAGCGGCCGGAGCUGCGAGACGCCGCAGCGCUGUUCGAGGCACAUGGAGCGGAGGAGAUCCGCGGGCUGGAGCGACAGGUACGAGCGGAGAUCGAGCACAAGAAGGAGGAGCUGCGGCAGAUGGUGGGCGAGCGCUACCGCGACCUGAUCGAGGCGGCCGACACCAUCGGGCAGAUGCGCUGCUGCGCCGAGGGACUGCUGGACGCCGUCAGGGCCACGGACCAGUGCUGCGCGCGCCUCCGCCAGCAGAGCCACGCUACGGCUGGGGCUACGGCUACGGCAACGUCGCGCCCCGCGCGCAUCCCACAGCCCCCACAGCCCUCCCAGAAGUUCUACAGCAUGGCUGCCCAGAUCAAGCUACUCUUGGAGAUUCCUGAGAAAAUCUGGAGCUCCAUGGAAGCCUCUCAGUACCUGCGUGCCACCCAGCUUUACCUGCUCUGCUGCCACCUUCACAGCCUGCUCCGGCUGGACUCCAACAGUGGCUGCUAUAGCCCUGUUCUGGCCCGUUUCCCGAUCCUCGUCCGUCAGGUGGCAGCAGCCAGCCACUUCCGGUCAACCAUUCUGCAUGAAACCAAGAUGAUACUCAGAUACCAGACUGUGUCUGACCAGGCCAUUGCAGAGGCCUUGUCUUCAGUCAUGCUUCUAGAAGACAGUUCUCCUCGACAGGCCCUCGCAGAUUUCCUGUUAGCCAGAAAGGCCGCCGUUCAGCAGCUUCUCAAUCAGCCGCACCAUGGUGCUGGUAUUAAAGCUCAGAUUUGUUCAUUAGUGGAGCUGCUGGUCACUACUCUGUUCCAGGCCCAUGCCCUCUUCUACACUUUGCCUGAAGGUGUGCUGCCUGAUCCAUCCCUUCCAUGUGGCAUACUCUUCUCUACCCUGGACUCUGUCACAAGCCAGCGGCUUGCAGGGAAAGGCAUCAUCAGUGUCUUGCAAGAGAUGAAGCUGUGUAGCUGGUUCAAGUACCUCCCAGCCUCCAUUGUGGAGUUCCAGCCAGCUCUUCGGACUCUUGCACACCCCAUCAAUGAGGAGUACCUGAAAGACACUCUACAGAAAUGGAUCAGCAUGUGUAAUGAAGACAUCAAAAUUGGGAUCACCAAUUUGCUGGUUUAUGUAAAGAGCCUGAAAGGCCUUGCAGGGAUCCGAGAUGCUGCGUGGGAGCUGCUCACCAGCGACUCCAUGAGCCGCAGCUGGGAGGUGGUGUGCCGACGCCUCCUGGAUAAGCGCAUCUCCUUCUGGGAGGACCUGUUGCAGCAGCUGUUCCUGGACCGACUACAGACACUGACAAGAGAAGGCUUUGAUUCUAUCUCCAGCAGCUCCAAACAGCUUCUGGCUUCAGCUCUGCAGGAGCUCGAAGCCAGUUCCAGCGCCUCCCCCAGUAAGCAGGUUCAGUUUGAACACAAUAUGUCUCUCUUUCUCUGGUCAGAGAGUCCUUCUGACUUGCCUUCAGAUGCCGCAUGGGUCAAUGUGGCAAACCGGAACCAGUGUGCCAGCAGCGGCCUCUCCAUGAAAGCCCAGGCCCUCAGCCCCUACGUACAGAGCUUUUGUCUUGCCCUAGACUCCAAACUGAAGGUCAUACUGGAUGACCUCUUGUCAUACCUUCCCUCAGAUGCACCCAAGGAGGCCUCAGGCGUGCAGAUCAAGAAUUCGGCUUUUGAUAGGUAUUCGGAUGCGGGCACUGUGGAGGGAAUGCUCCGAAACUACUGUGCCACCUGCACCGAACAGAUAGUGGCAUGUGUGCGUACUGAGCUGCAAGGGGCCGAGGCUGUGCUACAAAGGCUGGCCCAUACCCUCUGUCGUUCCAAGCUCUCCUCAGUUCUGUUCAUGGCCAGGCUCUGUCAAUCCCUUGGAGAACUGUGUCCCUAUCUAAAGCGAUGUAUUUUGGGCAAAUCGGGCACUUCAGAGAAACCUGUGAGGGAGCCCCGGUCUACAAAGAAACAGACGAAAGGAAAAGCUCAGGAAGUGAAUCCUGUUCUAGCAAAAUGGCAAGAAGUGAAAGGGCAGCUCCUGGAACAGAGUCUGCUGGGAUACCGGCUCUGGAGCACGGCCAUCACAAAUGUCCUGGCUCAUGAUUUCACCCAGUCAUUACUUCUUGAUGAUGCUGGUUCUAUCCUAGCUAUGGCCACCAACUGGGAUGAGCUAGAAAUCCAGGAGGAGACAGAAACUGGGAGCAGUGUAACAUCCAAGAUUCGACUGCCAGUACAGCCAUCCUGGUAUGUACAAUCCUUCCUCUUCAGCCUGUGUCAGGAAAUAAAUCAGGUUGGAGGCCAUGCCUUGCCAAAGGCAACACUGCAGGAGAUGCUAAAGGGGUGCCUGGUUCAAGUAUUAGCAGGCUAUGAAAAGCUUUCUGAAGAGAAGACAACAAAGAAAGAAGGUACAUUCCCAAUGACCCAGAACAGGGCGCUGCAGCUACUUUAUGAUCUGCGUUAUCUCAAUAUUGUGUUGACAGUCAAAAGUGAAGAGAUGAAAAGUAGUCGAAGUAAACAGGACUCCAGAAUAGAAAAAGUAACAGACUUCUUAGAAGGUCUCAUAGAUCCUUUUGACCUAGAUGUUUUUACACCACACUUAAAUAGCAACCUUAAUCGCCUGGUGCAACGAACCUCGGUUCUAUUUGGAUUGCUAACUGGUAUGGACAAUCAGUUUUCUGCCCGGAGCAGCACCUUCAACUCCCAAGAGCCCCAUAAUAUACUACCACUGGCAUCAAGUCAGAUCAGGUUUGGACUUCUUCCACUUAGCACAACUAGCACAAGAAAGGCUAAGUCCACUAGCCGAAGCACAGAACCCAAAGACCAGGUUGUACUUCCAACACUCUCCAGAGCAGAAGAUGACAUGAUGCGUCCUGGUUCCUUGUUCAGACAGCUUGUCACAGAGGAGGAAGACACAUCUACACCAUCUCUUUUCAAACUUAGUUGGCUCUCUAGUAUGACUAAAUAAAAUGAAGCAAUUUAUCAGGACAUACCUCUCCUUUUCUAAAUAAAUAUUACCAUGUAUUUA